AUGUCGUCCGCAGCCAACGCUUCCGCCCAGGCGAACAGCAGCAGCUGGACCGCCUUCCUCAAGUCCAUUGCCUCCUUCAAUGGCGACCUAUCUUCGCUCACUGCGCCACCCUUUAUCCUCUCUUCUCAGUCUCUUACCGAGUUCUCUGCCUACUGGGCUACGCACCCUCCCGUCCUGACCGCUCCUGCUGCCGAGUCUGAUCCCGCCAAGCGUGCUAUGCUCGUCCUCAAGUGGUUCCUCUCCACUCUCAAACACCAAUACGCCAGCCGAAGUGAGCAGUUUGGAAAUGAAAAGAAGCCUCUGAACCCUUUUCUGGGCGAACUUUUCCUCGGCACCUGGUCCGAUGAAGCUGGCGAGACCACCCUUGUCUCAGAGCAGGUCAGCCACCAUCCUCCUGCCACCGCAUACUGCAUUCGCAACAACAAAACUGGUGUUGAGCUCGAGGGUUAUAACGCCCAGAAAGCCACCUUCAAAAGCACCAUCAUCGUUAAGCAAAUUGGCCAUGCCGUCCUACGAGUCCCUCUUGCCUCGGGUGAGAUCGAAUCCUACCUGAUCACCCUUCCUGGCCUGCACAUUGAGGGUCUGAUUUUCGGUGCUCCCUUUGUUGAGCUUGAUGGCUCGAGUCACAUCACUAGCUCCAGUGGCUUCACUUGUAAGAUUGACUACAGCGGCAAAGGAUGGCUUUCUGGCAAAAAGAACACCAUUGUUGCCAGUGUCUAUCCUACAGGCAAGGAAAAGGACGUUCUCUACAACGUCACCGGCCAGUGGAACAAGUCUUUCGAGGUCUACUCAGGCCCCGCCAAAUCCAACUCCAAGUCUACACUUGUGAGCACAUACGACGCCGUUAACACCGCUCAGACUGAGCUCCGCGUCGCUCCUGUCGAUCAGCAGCAUCCUCUCGAGUCUCGUCGUGCCUGGUCUCGUGUGGCCGAGGCCAUCCAGAAGGGUGACAUGGACACAACUGGCGCUGAAAAGGGCAAGAUUGAGCAUGCCCAGCGCAACAUGCGCACCAAGGAGCGCUCCGAGUGCCGUACUUGGGAUCGACAAUAUUUCACGGCUGUCGAGGGACAAGAUCCCGUCCUUCAGCAACUCGGCAAGGUCGUUGGCGUGCCUACCGAUGGCGAGGCCGAUAAGACUGGUGGCCUCUGGCGAUUCGAUAAGACCAAGGCCGAUGCUCGUGCUGCUAAACAGCUCACUCAGGACGAUAUUGCUCAGAUGGAGAAGGAGCUUCUUGGGUGGUAG